CGACUUUUGAUGUUCCCCACACGAUGACCUUUCUCCACGUUUCCCGCAACUCUCGGACUCGGUACGAUUUCGAUCCGUAGUGUUUGCUCUUUUGCGCUGGUGUUUGCGUGCAUCUUUUGAGGCUCUCGUUGUACCGAUCAGCCCUUCUAGCCCGAUUCGGCUCGAGUCCAGGGUUCGGCAUACGUUCGCCCAUAUCACAAAGCUUAGAGAGACGUCAAAUCAUGUAGCUCGACCCCGUCUCCAAACUCUCAUCCGCGGUUACCGGUGCGACGACGAUAUUUUAUAAAGCAAGCGGACCUCGCAGAUCACUUUGUCUGAUCACUCACCCUACUCUUGGGACACACCGGAAAAGAUGCCUGCACUUCAAACGUCUACCAUCCCUCUUGUCGGACAAGCCUCGAACCUCGUCUUGGCAUCCUUCUUCUUCACAGCUUGCAUAUCAGCAUAUAUUGUAUACCAGAGAUUCUUCCAUCCGCUUUCUUCUGUACCUGGACCCUUCUGGGCUAGUCUUAGCCGACUAUGGAUCACCAAGCACAGCUGGGAUGGCGACAUGCACAGAACCAUGAUCGCGUUACACGAGAAGCACGGCCCUAUUGUUCGCAAUGGUCCGAACGAAGUCAGUAUAGCAGAUCUGUCAGCCAUCAAGACCAUCUAUGGUGCUGGUACCAAGUUCCGCAAGAGCGACUGGUACUCGGUCUGGCAAGGUCACAGAAAGUUUGACUUGUUCGCUGAGAAGGACGAAAAACUUCAUGGCAAGCAGAGAAGCUUGAUCAGCUCAGCAUACUCGAUGACGAGCUUGAAAGACUUGGAGCCCUAUGUAGACGGUACCGUCAAGCGAUUCCUGGAUGCCAUGAAUGAGCGCCAAAACCAGGUCGUUGACAUGGGCAAAUGGGCUCAGCUAUUUGCUUUCGACGUCAUUGGAGAGAUCACAUUCUCGAAAAGCUUCGGCUUCAUGGAAGCCCAGGCCGACGACGGUUCCUUUGCUCAGAUCGAGGGGGCACUGCAGUCUGCUGCGUGGAUUGGACAAGUGCCAUGGCUCUACUGGCUCCAUGAUCGCCUCAUGCCUCUGAUCGGCAAUCGUCUGGCUCUCAACAACCGGCAUGGAUCCCUCCGCAAUCUCGCCGCAAAAGAGAUCUCAGCCAGAAUGGAUCGUGGCAGUGACCGCAAAGACAUCCUCUCGAAGUUGCACGCAGCACAAAAGGACAAACCCGACCUUGAUGACAAUGCUGUCAUUAGCAUGGCGACAUCGAACAUCUUCGCAGGUAGCGACACAACUGCUAUCUCGACUCGCGCCAUCAUCUACUACCUACUAAAGAAUCCUCAAUACAAACAAAGACUGAUCGAAGAGAUCGACGACUUCAGAAGACAAGGCAAGCUCAGUGAUCCUGUCAGACUCGAGGAGGCGGACUCGAUGCCAUACCUACAGGCUGUCAUGUACGAGGCGCUACGCUGUCAUCCAGCUGUCGGCAUGAGCCUGCCGCGUGUGACACCACCCGGCGGCGCUACCAUCGCCAAUACUCACAUACCCGCAGGAACUAUCGUGGGAGCCAACCCUUGGGUGAUACAUCGCAACAAGGAGGUUUACGGCGAGGAUGUCGAGGACUUCCGCCCGGAUCGUUGGCUGAAAGAAGACACUGGAGACAUGCGUAUGUUGCUUCGAUGCAGCGAUGACGAUCAUACUGACUUUGCCAGGACGUUUUUUCUUCACAUUUGGUUCAGGCGCUCGAAUGUGCCUUGGAAGAAGUAAGUGCUUAUCGUCACGUAGUGAGCUGCGCGGUCGCUAACCAAAAAUACAACAGACAUCAGCUGGAUGGAGAUGUCUAAGCUGAUUCCCACGUUGUUCCUACAUUAUAACCUUCAGCUUGCAGACCAGGAUGCUGAGUGGACUG